AUGGAGAAUAAAAACGUGGAACUAGGUGCGAUCGCUAGGUCGAUGUCCUCUGAUGAUAUUCCUCAUGCCCGAUCGAAAGGAAAUACGAACAGAGACGAUCAAGAAAUGGCAUAUUUUGGAAAGCGUCAGCAAUUGAAGCGUAAUUUUGGAUUCCUGUCGAUUGCGGGUUUCGUCUGUAGUUUGCUUUCGACAUGGGAAGGAAUGUUUGCUGUCUUCCUCUACGGGUUUCAAAAUGGUGGACCGGCAGGACUAGUAUACGGCUAUAUUUUUUGCUUCAUUGGUACAUUAUGUACAGUUGCAAGUUUAGCGGAAAUGUCCUCGAUGAUGCCAUUGAGCGGAGGACAAUACCACUGGGUGUCGAUUCUCGCCCCCAAGUCCCACGCAAAGUUCCUCUCAUACAUGACAGGUUGGCUUACGGUUAUUGGCUGGCAAGCAGGUCAAGCAAGUAUCGCUUUUCUCUGCGCAACAUUAGUCCAGGCUUUAGUGAUAUUGAACCAUCCAACCUACGUUCCUGAGCGAUGGCAAGCGACCUUGAUGUUCUAUGCGGUUUUAGCCGUCAUUUUGUUUGUCAAUACCUACUUGGCCCGUUGGUUGCCAAAGAUUGAAGGAUUGGUUCUUUGCAUUCAUAUACUCGGAUUCUUUGGCGUUCUUAUUCCGCUAGUCUACCUUGCACCUCAUGGAAAACCAAGUGCUGUAUUUGCUACAUUUUUCAACGGAGGCGGUUGGUCCACAGACGGAAUAUCAUUCUUUAUCGGCUUGAUCACAAGUGUUUUCUCCUUUCUCGGAGCCGAUUCUGCUUGUCAUAUGAGUGAAGAAAUUCACAAUGCAUCGACUGUCGUACCUUGGGCGAUGAUCAGUACUACUAUAUUGAAUGGCGUCUUGGGGUUUGCAUCACUCAUCGCCCUCCUCUUCUGCCUCGGAGACAUCAAUGAUGCUCUCACCUCGCAUACGGGAUUUCCGUUCAUUGAGAUAUUUAGGCAAGCCACUAAUAGUAACGCUGCUGCAACCGGGAUGACAUGUAUCAUUCUUAUAAUUUUGUUCGCCGCGGGUAUUGGUAUCAUGGCAACUGCUUCACGUCUACUUUGGUCUUUCGCGCGAGAUAAUGGAGUACCAGGUAGCGCAUAUAUUUCUCGCGUGCAUGAACCAACAGCAUUACCAAUAUACUCUAUCCUCGUCAGUGCUACCAUCUCACUUCUAUUGGCACUAAUCAAUAUCGGAAGCACGGCAGCAUUCAACUCGAUUGUAUCUGUGAAUGUUGCGGCAUUCUUUACUUCAUAUAUGAUACCUAUCGUUCUAAUCCUCAAGAAACGUCUCCGAAAAGAUCCAAUCAAAGACAAGAUACACUGGGGACCGUGGAAAAUGGGUCCAAUCCUUGGUCCAAUCGUCAAUAUAGCUGGACUAAUCUAUUCGAUGAUCACCAUGUUCUUCAGCUUCUGGCCUAGCACUCAAGUCGUUACUCCGGUCACUAUGAAUUGGUCCUGUGUCAUUUUUGCUGGAGCUAUUACUUACAGCGUGGUGUUCUAUGUGAUCUGGGGUAGACACGCCUACAAGUGGCCAAUUGUCGAUCCUAUCAGAAGACAGCAGUAG